GGCGCCGCCGGCCUCACGCCGCCAGAGCCGCCCGCCGGGCUGGCCGGGGAGAGACGGCGCGGCCUGGGCGCGGGGAGGGCGGAAUAACCGGCGGGAAGGCUGCGUUUUCACGAAGGACUCGGGUGAAGCUGCAGAGCUGCCUUUGAGCCUUGACCCCUUGGCUUCCCGGGUCGGAGGAGACCUUGUAAUGGAGUGGUUCUUCGUCUCACACUAACAAGAUGCCCGAUUUCCCCAGGAUCGAGGGAUUGAAGAAUGUCCCGGGUCCCACUGGGGAAAGUCCUCCUGAGGAAUGUCAUCCGGCACACAGAUGCUCACAAUAAGAUUCAGGAGGAGUCAGAUAUGUGGAAAAUAAGAGAGCUGGAGAGACAGAUGGAAGAUGCUUACCGGGGGACCAAAAGGAAAAUGUCACCCAGCAGCUCAAGCCGGAUGCGAAGUGAUGGUUUCGAUGAAGAAAGUCAACGAGACUAUUGGAGGCCAAAGAAUGAAAUUUCUGGGGCACUAGAAGAUGAUUUCCUUAAGGCUAAGUCCUGGAACAAGAAGUUAUAUGAUUAUGAAGCUAACAUGCCAGACAGAUGGGGCCACAGUGGUUAUAAGGAAUUAUACCCUGAAGAAUUUGAAACAGACAGUGAUCAGCAAGAUAUUACCAAUGGAAAAAAAAAAUCUCCCCAGAUAAAACCAUCUUCCCAUGAAUCUCACAAACACAAGAAGUCAAAGAAAUCACACAAAAAAAAGCAGAAAAAAAAGUCACGCAAAAAACAGAAAAAAAGCAAAAAGGAAGCUACAGAUGUAACAGCAGAUUCCUCAAGUGAGUUCUCAGAAGAAACUGGGGCUUCUAGUGCCAAAAAAAGGAAACCACCUAAACGCAAGAAAAAAUCCAGGAAAAAGUCUCUCAAAAAAUCUGCUUUACUUGUAGAGGCAGAAAGUGACACUCCCCAGUCAGAUGACUCUGCAUCCAGCAGUUCUGAGGACAGCGAGGACAGAGACACUCAGAAAUCUGAAAGGCAAAAAAAAGGGAAAGAAGUCCGCGUUCCAGCAGUGAACAGCGAAGCCCCGGGGAGGACCAGCAGACGCACGGACUGGAAGGUGGCUACGGAUGAGAGGUCUGCCGAGAGUUCAGACGAUGACUAGACAAGAACAUUCUUGUCUCCCAGCCGACUCUGGUAUUUGCAGCUCUCACCUCAGGUGACUUGCUCGGCACACGUCUGAGGUCAGAGCUAUCCCCCGCCAUCUGUGCACAUUCUGACAGACUUCUUGUAUCCUGUUGUGGCCUGUUAAACUUGAUCCUCUUCUUGUUAAUGGGGAAUCUGGUAUUUUUGUUAUGAAGGUUUCUUGGAGAGAUUAUUUUUUGCAAUUAAUAACAUUUAGCAUAGAGCGCAUAUAGCCAAUUAAAGGACCCAGAAAGCUGAAUCCAGUAAUGGCCUGGGUACACUAGUUGGAAUGCUAAAUUUGGGGAAAGGGCUGGCAUCGAAGUGGACUGGAGCCGGUGCUGUGUGGAAUGGUGUGGGACAUUGUGUCUCAUCCGUUUAUGUAGCAGCCAUGACUCGGCUUCCCUUUGGCCUUGGUGCUUUUGUCUUGCUGUGUUUUGGCCCCACAGUGUGGUUCAGUUUACCUGAUGUGGAAAUGAGCGUUAAGAACAAACCUUUUUUCUUUCAUGUUAACAUCCAGACAGCUGUUACUAGAAGACACAAGGUUUUUCUGUCAAAUUUCUCUGCUGGACAGGGUCUGUGUCUACACUCAGUAUAUCCCUGAACGUGGUAAUUAGUAAAGUUUCUCAGUUCCAUUACUAUGUAUUUCCUAAA